CGGAAGCUUCUGCGUAAAGAUGCUGUGGUUCGCCGGGCUGGCCUUGCUCGCAGCGUGCAUCCGGUGCGCUUCGACGGAAGUUCGGCCUUCUUUCACGCCUCCGAGCAGACCCUCCAGGAUUGGGAAAUCGAUGGGACACCAAAGCCCUGAGAUCCGAGGUGAGGGAAAGAUGGAUGCCUUCAUCGUACGCGUCAGUCAUUGGCAUCUCUUUCUUGUGGUCCACCAGGCACACCGUUCCCUGGCAAGAUGGAUGCUGCGUUUGGUUGGCUGAUGGAGGACCACGACACGGCUCCCAAACCAUAUGCCUAUCGGCGGCUGACGAGAUCCAGAUCGAGCACCAUCGACACUGUCGCUGAGCCGCUCAACACGUACAGCAGCACCGCCGUGCGGUCGUACAUUGAGGAGGGCCCUCUGUUCCACCUCGUCGCCCCAACGGUCGGUUCCCUGACCGAUGAGCUGCCGCAGUGGAUGGACAGGGGCAAGCUGCUGUCAGACGACCUGGGCUACGAGUGGUCGGCCCUGUCGACCGCCCAGGCAGCCCGCAUAUUCCACUACUACCUACCGGUCUAUUUUUGGAUCCACAGCUUCUGCAAGCGCAAGAGGGAGGCGGGUGGAUUGCAGAUGACGGCGGCUCCAGCGGCCCCGGCCCCUUCAGGUGGGGAUGUCGGGACGGCAGGCCGGCCGAUGAAGGGCGAGGGGGCCCUUUUGGUGGGCUUCAGUGCGCCGCAGGGGUGCGGCAAGACCACACUCGUCACGUUCCUCAAGGUCAGUCGGUCAACAGACAGACGAACAGGCAUAAAAUGAGAGCGAGUGGCACUCACUCUUUGUUUGUUGUGUAUCUAUCUAUCUUGUGUGUUGGCACCAGACUCUCUUCGAGCAGGAGGGCCUCACGUGCACUGUCGUCUCCAUCGACGACUUCUACCUCACUGGCGAGGAGCAGGAGCAGCUCGCCAGAGCAUACCCCGACAACCCACUUCUCAGGUACUUACGCAAUCGCACACGCCGGCCACACGCAGCUCAGCUCACACCGAUCCACUCCUUCCUCUUGUCUGUCUGUCUGACGUGCAGGUAUCGCGGCAAUGCGGGCAGCCACGAUCUGCCGCUGGGUCGAGACACUCUCAUGCGGCUGCAGAGCGCCAAGAAGGGCACGAGUGUGGCCGUCCCUCGCUACGACAAGUCGCUACGUGAAGGCAGGGGCGACCGGGCCCCUCAGGGGCAGUGGCCGACAGUCGAGGGGCCGGUGGACGUGGUGCUCUGUGAGGGCUGGAUGUUCGGAUUUCCGCCGCUGAGUGACGACGACCCAGCUCUCGACGGCGACCCCAACCUCCAACUCGUCAACAGGUGCGGUGCACGGGGGGCCUCUUGUGAGUGGUGGCAUGGGUCACCUACCUUUCGCUAAAAGGGAAUGGCCCCUCUUGUGUGUGCUGCCUGUCUUUGUGUGUCGUUCAGACUACUGCGAGGCUAUGAGCAGUGGGACGAGCUGAUGGAUGCGUGGAUUGCCAUCCAGGUAGUCAGUCAUAUGACUCAAACAAAGGCAGCCAUACGCACGAGCCGUCUCAGACAGCGUUGUGUGUGCUGUGUGUUGGUGUCAUCAGAUCGGCGAUCCCAAGUGGGUUUACGACUGGCGGCUGGAGCAAGAGCAGUAAGACAAGGGCACCACACACGGCAGGCAUGCAUCUCGCCCACCUGUCUGUCUGUGUCUUCAUUAUUCCCUCAGGGCGAUGAAGAGCUCCGGCAAGCCCGGCAUGACCGACCAGCAGGUGGGCGACUUCGUCGACCGGUUCAUGCCAGCGUAUCGCGCCUACCUGCCUCACGUCUACUCCAACGGCUGGAAGGCCGACAGGCCCGUGCUGCGCGUGCAGAUCGACAAGUCGAGGUCGCCCAUCCCCCUGGCAGACACUCCCACCCCCCAGCUGCUCAAACAGUACUUUAACAAAGAGGUGUGAGCGUGUGACGGGUGGGAGGGAGGGAGGGAGGGAGGGAGGGGUGGGUGGUGAGUUUGUUGAUGGGUGGGAAAAAAAAGAGAGAGAGAGAGAGAGAGGGGCGCUGAGCUUUUCGCUAGAGGCGGCGAGGCGUGGCACCUAUCUAUUGUCUUGUUGUUGUACAGCAAAGGCUGUGAUCUUUCUGGUGAAUGCAACAUUUUGAAUCGAUCAGCGACUUCAUAAUUCAUUCAGUGCCGAUUCGUGUGUGGAUGAAUGUGAUGUGGAGGGGCCUCGCCGCGCAUACAGGCGGGACACGUAGUGUACAGUAGCAAAGAAGGUGAGGAGUGUUUUUGAGUCUCUCAGCAAGGACAGAGAGCGAUUUUUUGUGUAGGCUGUUGACUGAUUGAUUGCUGACCGACACGGAUGGACGGACAGUUGAUCGAUACCUUCCACACUUGAAGUGCUGAUAUCCCCCUCCCGGGCAGCUUAUUCCUGUUGAUGCAGACAAUCCUUU